GCAGGGACUCCCUUGUUAGCUGUCGCCUUUGGCUCCGAAGCGGGGCGGGCCCUGGGCUGGAGAUACCGCGGUGCGGCCCUGCAGGAGUGCGGGGGACUCAUGAAAAAAGCAGUGUCGCUGAUAAAUGCAAUAGACAUAGGAAGAUUUCCACGAUUGCUCAUCCGAAUUCUUCAAAAACUUCAUCUGAAGGCUGAGAACAGUUUCAGUGAGGAAGAAGAAGAAAAGCUUCAGGCUGCGUUUUCUCUAGAGAAACAAGAUCUUCACCUAGUUCUUGAAACAAUAUCAUUCAUUUUAGAACAGGCGGUGUAUCACAGCGUGAAGCCAGCGGCUCUGCAGCAGCAGUUAGAGAGCCUUCAUCUCAGACAAGACAAAGCGGAAGCUUUCGGCAAUGCUUGGUCUUCUAUGGGUCAAGAAACAGUUGAAAAAUUCAGACAGAGGAUUCUUGCUCCCCACAAGCUAGAGACGGUCGGAUGGCAACUUAACCUUCAGAUGGCUCACUCUGCCCAAGCGAAACUAAAAUCUCCUCAAGCCGUGUUACAGCUGGGAGUGAGUGGUGAAGAUUCAAAGGUCAAGUUGAUACACAACUGGGAUACGGUUUUGAAGCCUUGAGUGGGAUCUUACCUUGUGGGGUCUGCCAUCUCUGGUCUUUGCCUGGCACAAAGGUCUUGUGUUUUCAGCUGUCAGGGCACAAGGAGGGAAUUCUGCUCAAGUGUUUCUCCUCAAGUAAAAUUUCACAAGAACUUCUGUAGAGCAACUAGAUAAAUGACGGAAGAAGCCAUUUUAUAACUAUCAGGAAUUUCUGAAUUGCUAUAGAACAGAGAUCUCAAUAAAGUAUUAUUGAAAGCAAAUGGUGCUUCUGAUGAGACACAGUGACGGUUCCCCUCGUAAUACGGUACCUGCUAGAUUUUAUCAUGAUGGAGCAAACACCGGGAAUCCUUUCUACCCCUUUAUUCUUAAGCAGGCUGACAGAAUAUAUCACUGUUGCUUUGAUUACAUGUAUUAAAUAAAAUCUCAGCAAAGCAUCUCAUUUUAGGAAAUGGCUCUGUUCUGUGGUGCUUGCCAACCUAGACAUGUUCUUAGUUCUCUUACUACCUGAGUCUGACCUGUAGCAUCACUUAUUCACAUCUCUUACACAUGCCAAAUUAUAUGUAUACAGAAAAAUGCAUAAAACAUAGAUGUCCAGUUAUUCACAAGGGUAACAUCUAUGUAACUACCACCCAGAUCAAG